GAUCUAACUGAUUUUUACCCUACGGAGCACAUUUUCCCAUAUUGCUCCCAAACGACGUUGCUCACAAGGUUUCUGGAACGCUCCCUCUCUCGGCUGUGAAACAAACACCGCAGCGCAAAACACCGUACAGCUGCUUCUCUUCUAGCCUUUCUUCAUUUUAGAGAGAUGGCGGCGAGAAUGGCACUUCUCAAGCACCUGAGAGUGAGCGUCGUUCGAUCCGCGCCCCAAAACCCUAAUUUCAACACCCUUUUCUCUUCCUUAGGGAACCUUCUGCAGCGGCGCCGUUUUUCAGACGAAGUGAGGGGCUCCUUCCUCGACAAAUCCGAGGUCACCGAUCGAGUCGUCACCGUCGUCAAGAACUUUCAGAAAGUUGAUCCUUCCAAGGUUACUCCAAAUGCCCAUUUUCAGAAUGAUCUGGGUUUGGAUAGCUUAGAUGCAGUAGAGGUCGUGAUGGCACUUGAAGAAGAGUUUGGUUUCGAGAUUCCGGAUAAUGAAGCAGACAAGAUCAACUCCAUCAACCUUGCUGUUGACUUCAUUGCAUCUCACCCCCAGGCGAAAUAAAUGCAUUUCUCCACCUUCCCUGUGAGAAACUAGCUUCGUUCUUUUGCAUCUCUUUGGGUAUCAAAUCCUGUAUGUUUUUUGUUAUGUUUUUUGGGAAUUUUAGUUGACAUGGAUUCAUUCCAAGUUCUUGCAUAAUUCCAGUUGAUGGAAGCUACUAGAGUUUACUGAGUUGUGUUUCAUAUGCCGCAACUGUUGGCUGCAGAAAAGAUGGUUCUUUUCUGGUUAAAAUCUAAGAUUUUGUCUUU